GAGCUCGAUAGCCACUCUCACUUUGCAUCCUCCUCUCCUGUGCUCCCUCGCUCUGAGCUCCCCUCUCCGUCUCCCUCCUCCUCUCUCCAUCUGCCACUCGCUCUCCCCGUUAACUUUGUGAGGACUCCUGUGAGCGCUUUCUGCUCUCAGCAUCUGCAGCGGCUUCUCACCAAGAAGAGAAAAAAGUUUUUUUCUGCGAGACGCCCGAGACCCGACCGUCGCCAUGGAGGCCAUCAAGAAGAAGAUGCAGAUGCUGAAGUUGGACAAGGAGAACGCCAUCGACAGGGCAGAGCAGGCCGAGUCGGACAAAAAGGCAGCAGAGGAUAAAUGCAAGCAGUUGGAGGAUGAGCUGCUGGCUAUGCAGAAGAAGCUGAAGGGAACAGACGACGAGCUGGACAAGUACUCGGAGGCUCUGAAGGAUGCUCAGGAGAAUCUGGAAAUGUCGGAGAAGAAGGCCGGAGACGCCGAGGGCGAUGUGGCGUCUCUGAACCGCAGGAUCCAGCUGGUGGAGGAGGAGUUGGACCGCGCCCAGGAGAGACUGGCCACAGCCCUGCAGAAGCUGGAGGAGGCAGAGAAAGCUGCAGAUGAGAGCGAAAGAGGCAUGAAGGUGAUUGAAAACAGAGCCAUGAAAGACGAGGAGAAGAUGGAGAUCCAGGAGAUGCAACUCAAAGAGGCCAAGCACAUUGCUGAGGAGGCCGACCGCAAAUAUGAGGAGGUUGCCCGUAAACUGGUCAUCCUAGAGGGUGAGCUGGAGAGAGCAGAGGAGAGGGCGGAGAUCUCAGAACUGAAAUGUGGUGACCUGGAAGAGGAGCUCAAGAACGUCACCAACAACCUAAAAUCGCUAGAGGCUCAGUCUGACAAGUACUCUGAGAAAGAAGACAAAUAUGAGGAGGAGAUAAAAGUCCUCAGCGACAGACUCAAGGAGGCGGAAACCCGUGCAGAGUUUGCAGAAAGGACAGCGGCUAAACUGGAAAAGACCAUAGAUGACUUAGAAGACGAGCUGUACACUCAGAAGCUGAAAUACAAGGCUAUCAGCGAGGAGCUGGAUCAUGCCCUCAAUGAUAUGAACACCUUGUAAUCUUUCGGCCUUUGCAUCGGCCACAAUGUUUGCACUCUUCCUUUGUAUCUCUCGGCCUGAUUGGAAACACCUUGUCUCUUCUUCCCCUCUGUUCUCACUGCUCCUUCCUGCUUUUCCAUUCAAGUAAAGCUCAAUAAAGAUGUUUCUAUUUUAUCCUGUCUUCUGCCUUUUCAAUUGAGCUCAUCUUUCUCACAUCUAAUUCGUAAGGUUGUAAUACACUUUGUACCUCAGCUAUAAAUUCGCUUAUAUUUUUUUUCAACAUGUAGUUAGUAUUUAUGGCUAAGUUUGAAUAUUGUACACAUGAUAUUGCUUUUGCGUUGCCUUAUUAACAUAAACCAG